ACAAACAAGAAAAGUGGGCGUGGUGAGUAGUUUUGUUCUGGCACAGAAUCAAUGGAGGGUGAGGUAACUUCUACUGGCUCCUCUACGGCGGUGUUCAUCAGCGAGCAGUGGUCAGUUCAACGUGGCAACCUGCUGGGGAUAUGCAGGAUGUGUGUCAAGAGUUUGGUGGACAAGGCAGCCUUUGAACCCAUCACAGACACAUGCCCUCACCUACUCAACUUCUGCACCAUAGUGGAACACCUAUUCACACACAGAAUAGAGCUUCGCAGAGGCCUGUUCAGUGGCGGAGAGCCCAUUUCGUUCUGGCUAGUGUUGUGUCGGGUUGCUCCCCGAAUCACUAUCACGAGCAUUCAGGACAUGGAGGAGAUACACUCGGAACUGGGGAAGGGGAGAGCGUGGAUACGACUGGCUCUUGUACAGAAGAAGCUAUCGUCGUUUGUUGCCUCCCUUCUUCCCAAGAGGGCCCAACUGGAGAGCUUCUACCUCCCUGGGGCGUUCCUGACCUCUGACCUCAUGACAGAGCUCUCGGGUACACUAAAGUGUUUGGAUGCCAUUGACUUUAAUCUCUGUUUAAGAGGACAAGACUUCGAUUUUGGCAGUCGGAAAGAGAUCUGCUAUACUCCCUAUCUGAGAUUCCGUCAAAGUUCUUCAAGCAUUGCUGAUGACACUAGAGAAGCAAGGAAGCUGGGGUCAAAGGUCAUCAGCGAGGAGGACGAGGAUGUGGGGGAGGAUGAGUCAGUGUCACAGCUGAGGGAGUCAUUCAUCGCUGAACGAGAUCAGAAGAACUACUUUGAGGAGCUGGUGUCAGUGAGGGACAAGCAGCUGUCUAGUGUUCGCUCCGAGUUGACCUCCCUCUCUCGGGAGAGUGAGAAACAGAAGAGAGAGUUGGAGGAUGUUGUCCUGGAGCUCCAAAAACAAAUCACCUCCCUGCAAACUGAGCUGAGGGCCUCUCACAGAGCAGUGAGCUCAGUGUCGACGUCAAAUGGCCAAUCCUCUGAAGAACAAUCCGAUCAAUCACCACGAAAGAGGACCACAUCGCUAUUCUCCAGUUUUUUAGGCUUGGACAAUUAAUCUACAUGUACGUAUGGGUGCUUCAUUUCUAUUUCUACUGUUCGCAUUUAUUUGUAUUGACCAUCAACUCUUUAUUUGUACGACCAUAAUAAUUAUUACUCAUA